AAAAUCGUUUUCUUCGAUAUUUAAGAUAUUAAAUAUCAAAAGCUUUUUGGGAUAUACUUCUUCAAGAUCAAGCAACCAGCAAAAUGUUCACAAACAUGCUGACACACCAUCAUCAUCAUAGACCUGGGUCCCCAAUGGGUGGUCUCUCAGCGUCUUCAAUCGCUGGAUCACCGCCAAGCACGGGAUCUCCACCGGAGCAAAAAUACGCGCCCCUUCACAAUGCGGCCGAUGCCAUGAGACGUCACUGUAUGCCUUCACCAGUAACAUAUUCCGGAAAUUUAUUUGCCGGGUUUGAUGAAACAUUCCUAGCUAGAGCUGAAGCACUGGCUGCUGUAGACUACCCCGGAAAAAAUCAAUUCAAACCAGAAUCGACUGUGUCAGGUUAUUACCCAAUGGGCGCACCACCGCCACACCAUAUGCCACCACAAGCACACCACGCAGGAAUGGGCAUGGGACCUGGAUCUGUACACCCGCCUCCAGUAUAUGGAGCUAUGCCACCUCCACCCGGAAUACACCACCCAUCUCCGCUUCACACUAUGCACCAAGGUCCACUCACACAAGGUCCUCUCAGCAUCACAGAUUCUGGCGCAGAUUUGAUGGAGCAAUUGAGCAAUCCAUCUCAUUGUUCUUCGUUUUCGACCUACCAACCACCUUCCUUCAGCGCGUCAUCAGGAAUGAUGCCGACAUCAGAAAGCGGGUUGCCAGGUUUUAACACACAACCACCGUCUUCAAUGGCGUUUCAUCCCGGUGUGGCCAUGGCUACUCCUGCUUCAUCAGCCUCUUCUGAUAUGCACUCCCAACAACAUAACGGAGCUUGUUCCCCGCCUAUCACACACCCAUCGCUACCGGUAGGCGACUAUGACACAGAUCCUCGUGAACUUGAAGCUUUCGCUGAACGAUUCAAGCAAAGGAGAAUCAAAUUAGGAGUAACACAAUGUGAUGUUGGACAAGCACUCGCAAAAUUGAAGUUACCUGGAGUUGGGUCGUUAAGCCAAAGCACAAUUUGUAGGUUUGAGUCAUUAACCCUGAGCCAUAACAACAUGGUUGCGUUGAAGCCAAUUUUAAUGACUUGGCUUGAGCAAGCUGAAGCCGAAUAUCGCAGAAAAAUGGAAGAAUCGGGUUUAGCUGAAAAGAAACGCAAACGUACUUCAAUUGCGGCCCCGGAAAAAAGAUCACUUGAAGCAUAUUUUUCUUUGCAGCCAAGACCGUCGUCAGAAAAGAUUGCCGCAAUCGCCGACAAAUUGGAUUUAAAAAAGAAUGUUGUCCGAGUGUGGUUUUGCAAUCAGAGGCAAAAACAAAAGCGAAUGAAGUUCUCUGCAUUCAAUGGGGAAAACAUGAUGUAACUUUUUAUAAAGAAAAGUUCAAACGACUGGAAUGCGUCAGCAAAACACAGGCUGUCAACUUCGUGUUGCUUGGUACAAGGCAACGUCAUUGCCAGCGAUCGAUAGCUGUUCGGAAUAGUCGCUCUAUUUGGCGGUUAUACCAUGAAGGUUCAUGAACACCAAGUUACUUAGUCACUGAGUGAGCGAACUAAAAAAACGAUAAAACUGGGUUUAACCGUUGCCACAUCUCGACAAAAUUAAAGCCGCCUGAGAAUAAAGAAGAAUAAUUGCGUUGACUAUGAAUAUAUCUACGACGCACUUUCUUGACUCCGUGUUUUCAAAACAAGGAUUCACAAAAAUAUUUGAUAAAUUCACAACAGCAAGUUCAAUCAAACAUAAAACGACUCAAUUUGCCCGAAUUGGACUUGUAUUUUUUCAAUAAUAUAAUUAACCAAAAUCGUAUUUAGGAUAAUACCAAACAGUCUUUAUUAUUAUUUGUUUUUGUGAUAUAUAAUUGUUUUUUGAUCAAGCGUAGAAGGUAAUAGAAUUUCAUCAGCGGCUCAAUUUUUAUAAUGUUAAAAAAUAAUCAAGAAAAAACCUGAUGAACCCUGUGAUACACUAUUUCAACAAUCUAAGAUCCGUUUAAUUUACGAUAAAUUUACCAGCUUUUACGCUUUUUUUAUUGUUUUGGGAUUAUCUUGAAAAACUGUUUAAAACUGCAAACUUCAACCACUAACUAACUCUUUGGUUAUCUCCAAAACAAAAGUUUAUUUUUGUUAUCCAAAGUUAUUUUUGCGUUUCAUUUUAUUUAUUUUAUUUUUCUUGUUAUUUUGAUUCUCAACGAUUACCUUUUCAUCCAUUCAUAUACCAAAUGUUUUGUACUGCAAACAAACGGUGACUUGAGUCGUAGUGCACGGUGGUUCAUUUUAUUGUAGCUAAACUUCUCUCCGUCCAAUUUUAAAAAAUCUUGAAUUUAUUGAUUGGAGCAUGUGACUUGAAUUAAUGAGGCAAAUUAAAAAAGUAUGCUGUAGAUAAUGGUAUGGUACGGCAUUCCAUCAUUCACCGGGACCAAAUUCAUUUAUGUUGAUUUAUUUAGUCGACCAUUCAGCAUUAACUGAGAAAUGUUUUGCCUUUCUUCUACCUGGAUCCACUUUUAUAGUCCUUUUUAUUAUUGUUAUUAUUAUUAUUAUUAUGAUAUUUUAGUUUUACAGUUCCAAUAUUUUUGUAUUUCUUGUUUUACAUUCCCUUUUCGAUUUGAUUUAUGAUGAGUGUGAU